AUGGCUCCCGAGGGAUUACUUGCAGUUCUGAGUGUUUGUUGUGUAGCUUUGGCCUCGGCCGGAUUUGGCCUUGGCGGUGCCAGUCUCAGCCUUGGUGGAUCCUCUUUUGGCCUGGGAUUGACAAUGGGAAGUGGUUCUGCGAAUGGCGGUCUCUUCGGGCAUGGCGUCUCAACGCACGGAUUGGGAAUGACCGCUGGUCAUGGAAUGUUGGAAUCUGCUGCAGCUGGAGCUCUACAUUCGGCGGGUUCCUCUGCUCUAUCUCUAGAAGCACACGCAGCAUCGGAAGUUGGGACAUCGAGUUCUUACAGUGGUUCCAGUUCCUCAACACAUAAUUCUGCAUCUCAAAGCACAAUGCCUAAUCAUCUGAGUCUCGGACUUGCUGCAGCUCAUGGGGAUCUCUUAUCUCUUAUGUCUGGAUCUGCUGGAGUCGUUCAUGGAUCAUCAGUAGGCUCCGUUGUAGGCAGUGGAUCACACCUGGUCGCAAACAAAAUUGUAAAUGCGGCUGAAGCCGGAGCUUCUGCUCUUCAUUCUGCGGGUACUUCUGCUUCAACUUUUGGUGCUCAAAACUCUGGAAAUAUUGCCAGCGGUUUAGCUGGCAUCGGAGCAUCCAGUUCAUACUCUUCUGCAAUGAAAUCCGGAUCUCAUGGCAUGAGUUCGAGCAUCGAAUCUUCAGGAUCCGUUUUAGGGAGUGGAUCUCUCCUGGGCGCCAACAAAGUUGUGAAUGCUGCUGAAGCCGAAGCUUCUGCUCUUCAUUCUGCGGGUAUUUCUGCUUCCUCUCUGGCUGCUCAAAAUACUGGACACGUUGCAAGCGGUCUUGCUGGAAUCGAAACAUCUAAAGUUAGUUCAUAUUCUUCAUCAGUGAAAUCUGGAUCUCAUAGCAUGACUUCUGAAGCUUCUGGAGUCGUUCAUGGAUCAACUGUGGGCGCCACAGACAAGUUGAUAGGAUCUGCUGGAGCUGGAGCUUCUGGCCUUCAUUCUGCAGCUAUUUCUGCUCACAACAAGGAAUACAUUGGCGGCGGUCUAGCUGCAAAUAGUGAAAGUUCUGAAAGCAUCAAAGCUUCUGGCUCCGUUGUAGGAACUGGAUCUCACCUGGUCACAAACAAAGUUGUAGAUUCUGCUGAUGCCGGAGCUGCUGCUCUUCACUCUGCAGGUCUUUCUGCUGCCUCUUUCAAUGCACAAAAUACUGGACAUGUUGCUGGAGGAACAGCAUCCAGUUCGUACUCUUCGUCAGAGAAAUCUGCAUCUCAUAGCAUGAAUUCUGAGAGCAUGAGCAUCAAAGGUUCUGAAGUCGUUCAUGGAGCAAAUGUAGGCUCCGUAAUAGGUAGUGGAUCACACCUGGUCGCUAACAAAGUGAUCAAUUCCGCUGAGGCUGCAGCUUCUGCUCUUCACUCUGCAGGUCUUUCUGCUUCAACUUCGGGUGCUCACAGCACAGGAUUUGUGGCCAGCGGUCUUGCUGCAACCGCUGGAAAUAGUGCAUCCAGCUCAUACGCUUCAUCAAUGAAGUCGGGAUCUCAUGGCAUAAGUUCUGGAAGUGUGAGCAUCGAAGCUGGAUCGUCUGUAGACUCUCUUCUUGGCAAUGCUGGAGCUGCGGCUUCGUUUCUACAUUCUCCAGGUUCUGCUGCUGCAUCUCUCGGUACACUUACAAUCGAAAAGACGGUGGGCGGUCAUGCUGGCUUGGGAGCCGCUGGAGCUGGUGUAUCUGGUUUGAACUCCUGGCAUCUAAGCACGAAUGGCUUUGGAGCAGGACACGGACUAUCAGUUGGCUCUGUUGGGGGUAGCGGAGCACAUGAGGCCGCUGCGUCACUUAUGCAAGGCAUUUCAAGCGCUCUUCUUGGAGCUGGCGCCUCGGCAUUGUCGCCUGUUGGUUCAGGAAGCGCAUCUCUUAAAGGGCAAGGCGGACACUCACACUCGCUGUCCUUUGGAGGCAGUCACUCGUUUGGGGCUGCAGCAAAUAGCGAUGCCAGCUCAGGAUUUGAUUUUUCGGGUACCAUUGGAAGCACCAUGAACCACGCUGGCGGAUUUUUGAUCGGUUAGUCUCCGAUACUAAUCCAAAACUUAAAUUUUUGUAUUUCUUAGUGUUAUUUUAGUUUGGCCUUAAACAUAAUUA